UCAGUAACAGAGGUGGCCACUGCAAUCACCGCUUGAGUUUUGAGAAGAAGUAAAAAAUGAGCCAGGGGCAACCACGAAGAACUCAAUACGACCAGGAGCCAAUCAAAUACGGCGAUGUGUUUAAUGUCGGAGGCGAUGUCGCCUCCCAGCCGAUUGCACCAGUAGACGCUGCUAACAUGCAGUCUGCUGAGAGCCAAGUCCUUGGAGAGCCUCAGAGAGGCGGCCCUGCCUCAGUCAUGCAAUCUGCGGCAAACGUCAACGUUAGGACUGGUGCCGUCGAGCGGGAUGAUGUGAGUGAUGUUGUUAGAGAACAGGGCAUUAACGUUGCUGAAAUAGAUAUCGGCGGCACUCGCGUUAUCACAGAGAAAGUCGGUGGAGAGGUUGUGGGACAAUAUGUUCAGCCAAGAGUUCCAGCGACAUAUCCAAUGCCAGGUAUGGAUAUUACAAUGGGUGAAGCUUUAGAGGCAACUGCUUAUUCUGCCGCAGGAGACAAACCAAUUGAUCAAAGCGACGCCGCUGCUAUAAAAGCUGCAGAGGUGAGAGCUCUUCGCAGUACUCAAACCCCGGCGGGUGGAAUAGGCGCAGAAGCACAGUCGGCAGCUGAUCGUAAUACCAGAGUUAUGCUCGACGAAGAUAAGACUACCCUCUCUGAUGUUUUAGCGGACGCGACUGCCAAGUUGCCUAGAGACAAGACGGUAACUCGGGAUGAUGCUGAAGGUGUGAUUGGAGCGGAAAUAAGAAACAAACCUAAUAUGAGGACUACGCCUGGUGGAGUUGCUGCUUCUGUGGCUGCAGCUGCUAGGCUUAAUCAGAACCCAUAAUACCAUUCACGUUCUGUUUUCUUUUUCUUUCUUUUUAUAGAGAAGUUGCCUUCGUUUUAUAUAAUUGCUGCACUGUCGCUUGCUAUAUGAACCGUUCCCCUGUUUUGCUAGUUACGAAUGAUGGUGGCCAAAGUGAUACACUUUUUGUCGUGUCCUUUCGAGAAUGUAUAAACUUUGAAUCUCUAUGUAAAUAGACUUUUACUUGGUUUCCUG